UAAUACCCUCGUUUCAGUUUCACCGCCUACAAAAACCAAUCACCAAAAGAAAAAUUUGCAAUUAAGAAAAAAAUUAAUUUUGCCCUCUAAAUUUCUCUAAAAAAUCUCGUAAAUCCCAUACUUUAAAUCCAAUUCGCCAUGUGUGGAGGUGCGAUUAUCUCCGAUUUCAUUCCGCCUGCGCGGUCGCGACUGGUGACGGCGAAUUAUUUGUGGCCGGAUCUGAAAAAAUCCGGCUCUAAAAAGCGGUCGGGUAGAAAGCACUCGAAGAAGCCGGCGGUCGGCUUUGAAGAUGACUUCGAGGCUGAUUUUCAGGUGUUUAAGGAUGAGGAUUCUGAUGUCGAUGACUUCGAUGAUGAUGUUGAUGAUGUUUUGGCUGAUGUUAAGUCCUUUGCUUUCUCUGCUACAGAGAAACCCUCUCCUGCUGUUUCUCAUGGUUCAAACUCCAUAAAAUCUGUGGAAUUCAAUGGUCAAGCUGAGAAAUCUGCAAAAAGAAAGAGGAAGAACCAGUAUCGCGGAAUUCGCCAGCGUCCAUGGGGUAAAUGGGCUGCUGAGAUCCGUGAUCCAAGGAAAGGGGUUAGGGUGUGGCUUGGAACUUUUAAUACCGCUGAGGAAGCUGCACGAGCUUAUGAUGCUGAGGCACUUAGAAUUCGGGGUAAGAAAGCAAAGGUGAACUUCCCUGAUGAGACUCCACGUACCUCUCCAAAGAAUGCUGCUAAAAUGAAUUCCCAGAAACCUCUUUCUGGGUCAAAUUUGAGUUCUGUUCAAUCAAGUCUCAACCCAGAUUUCAGUUACUCAAACAAACAUGAGCAGGGCUAUUAUGAUACCAUGGGUUUCAUAGAAGAGAAGUCACUAAUGGAUCAGUUUGCAUAUGCAGACCCUGUUAGAGCUGCUGUAGAUGAUGGGUUAAAACCCUUUGCUGAACCUGAGAAUAGCGCUUCGUAUUUUAACUCAGACCAGGGAAGUAACAACUUCGACAGUUCCGACCUUGUCUGGGGUGAACAGGGUGCCAAGACUCCUGAAAUAUCAUCUUCUCUUGGACCAACUCUAGAGGUCCACGAGUUUCUGGACAACGCAAACCCUACAAAGAAGUUGAAACCAAGCUCGAAUAAUGUCAUGCCUACUGGAGGAGACAAUAUGGUAAAGAGUUUAUCCGAUGAGCUAUUAGCUAUGGACAAUCAUGUGAACUACUUUCAGACACCAUUUAUUGAUGAGAACUGGGAUGUUUCGAUCGAUGACUUCCUUAAUGGAGAUGCAACUCAGGAUGGCGGAAACGAAAUGGGUUUUUGGAGCUUUGAUGACUUCCCUUCCAUAGAUGGAGGUGUUUUCUGAACAAACUCUCCUUACUUAUUAUCCGUUUCCAUAAAUAAGGCAUCGUGUUAGCGAGUUUCGACCCUCUGGCAACUGCUUGACUAUUGUUUCUAUUUUGAUAUCUCUAACAUCGAAAAAUUCGAAUUUAAAUUUCGAGUGACUGUUAGAACUUAGAACAUUGAUUAUGUGUGAUUUAUGAUGAAAUUUUGAAACUCCUAUGAAUGUUUAACCUUGUGCUA